AUGGCAGCUCAGUCGAAGUUACUUCAUGCAGAGGACCCUCUACUCUCUAUAUUAGGGCCUUGGGCUCACCUUAUUCGCUCACAAUAUCGGCGCAAUUCGAGGAGUACCCGACUCGCUGCGACCCUUGCAUUCAUCAUCAGUAUUGUCGCUGGCGCAUACGGAGGAAAGUAUUGGUUGAAUAAGAGAUCCGCAAAACAAGCACAGAGGAAGACGUUGUUGAGACGGAACUCAGGUCUUCGCGGCAAGGAUGGCUCACGCACGGUCAUUGUGCCAUACCGUGAUUCAACCGCUGAGGUCAAAAUACAUCCUACGAAGCCGACCACCUUCGACGCCCAUCGCAGGCUCUUUCUCAACCCUCCACGAGCUGCUAGACUGAGCGAAACAGUAGCAGGCGAGGUACCUCCACCAAGUAUCAAGCCAGGCCUCAACAUUGCGUUCAUUCAUCAAUUUUUAAGUCUUCUAAGCAUUAUGAUACCCCACUGGAACAGCAAGGAGUCUGGGCUACUUCUGAGCCAGGGAAUGUUUCUACUUCUACGUACAUAUCUUUCGUUGGUGGUCACCAGGUUAGACGGCGAGAUUGUCAGAGAUCUUGUUGCAGGGAAUGGGAAGGCUUUUUGUUGGGGGAUCAUGAAGUGGUGUGGCAUUGGCGGCAUCGCCUCUUAUACGAAUGCUGCUAUCAAGUUCUUGCAGAGCAAAGUCGCCAUAGCUUUCCGGACACGGUUGACCCGAUACAUACAUGACCUCUAUCUCAACGACUACCAUAAUUACUACAAGCUCCUCAAUCUUGACGGCGGGAUUGGUCAGGGCGCUGAUCAAUUCAUCACUAAUGAUCUGACUCUCUUCACCGCAUCUGCGGCUUCGCUCUACUCUUCCCUUGGGAAGCCACUCGUUGAUCUCUUCGUCUUCAACUAUCAAUUAUACCGCUCCCUUGGCCCCCUCGCUUUGACAGGCCUUCUCGUGAAUUACUUUGCAACGGCCACAUUUCUGCGUCGCCUUUCCCCACCGUUUGGCAAAUUGAAAGCCAUUGAAGGGCGUAGGGAGGGCGACUUUCGGGGGCUACACGCGAGACUAAUCGCUAAUGCGGAAGAAAUUGCGUUCUACGGAGGCGCAGAUAUCGAGAAGGUAUACCUCGAUAAAUCGUUCAAAGAUCUCGAAACCUGGAUGGAAGGAAUUUAUCAUCUCAAAAUCCGCUACAAUAUGCUUGAGGAUUUCAUUCUGAAAUACUCGUGGUCAGCAUUCGGCUAUCUAGUGACCUCCCUUCCAGUAUUUCUACCAGAGUGGGGUGGUCUAGCUGGCUCGACCAGAAACAAUGCCUCUGAUUCAUCUCAUCCAUCAUCAUCAGGCACACACCGUUCGCACGCACGAAUGCAACAGUUCAUUACCAAUAAGCGACUGAUGCUGUCUCUAGCUGAUGCUGGUGGGAGAAUAAUGUAUAGUAUUAAAGAUCUCUCGGAAUUAGCUGGCUAUACCUCUCGGAUUUAUUCCUUGAUAUCGACACUCCACCGCGUCCACGCCAGGGCAUAUCCAGUGCCAAGAGGUACAUCACCAGAGCUUUACUCACUAUCAGACGUCGGCGGUACACUGCAUCGUGGUUAUGACGGGAUUCGCUUCGAAGAUGUCCCUAUCGUGGCGCCUGCCGCCUCGUGCAGCCUGUCUGGCGACGAGCUUAUUCCUUCUCUAUCCUUCACAAUCACGCCAGGGCAACAUGUAUUGGUAUCUGGCCCAAACGGCGCCGGCAAAUCCUCGCUAGCCCGAAUUCUGUCAGGAAUAUGGCCUGUCUUUCGAGGAUUAGUAUCAAGACCGAGGAGAAUAGGAUUAGACGGCGCUUUUUUUCUUCCGCAGAGACCGUACCUACCGCUCGGCACGCUCAGAGAUCAGGUAAUCUACCCACAUUCAGAGAUGGACAUGCGAGAUGCAGGACGGCGAGAUGCUGAACUACAGACUAUCCUCGAGGAUGUCCGCCUAGGCUAUCUUGUGGAGCGAGAGGGCGGCUGGAACACGCGUGAGGAUUGGACCUCAGUUCUCUCGGGUGGAGAGAAACAGCGCAUCUCGUUCGCCAGGAUAUUAUACCAUGAACCUGCGUACGCUGUGGUGGACGAAGGCACAAGUGCUGUUAGCUCUGACGUCGAAGGUGUUUUGUAUGAAAAGUGCAAAGACAAGGGCGUCACUCUAUUGACAAUUUCUACAAGAGUGAGUCUCAAAAAACACCAUUACUGGAAUCUCGACCUUGGACAAGGCGAAGAUGGGACUGAAUGGGUAUUUGAUCGCAUCGGAACCAGGGAAGAAGAGGAAGGCGUGGAAAGGGAGUUGGAGGGUCUAAGGGAGCGAUUGGCGAAGGUACAGGAGUGGAAAGACCGGAAGUCGGAGAUUGAAGCUGAGCUCAAGAAAGUCUGGGUUCGGACAGAUGGUGAAUCGAAGACGAGAGAUCUACCUGCGCCUGUUAUUGUGAAUGAGGGAUGA